GUUGGCGUGAAACUUACCAACGAAGCCAAGCUGAAAUAUAUAUCAGCAAACCGUCAGCGCACCACAAAUCAAAGACCGCAAAAUCGCCGAUCACACCGCCACGACGAUCCGAUUCUGUCAAUUGGUGUCAGCAACAAUACGACUUCGCUUUGAUCCCGAAACCCUAACCCGUUGCUCGAUCUCUAUCCCGGUGGAAAGGAUGAGCGAAGAAGGCGGGAAAAACAGGGCCUCUCCGGCCACCGGCGAACCGUUGCCGCCAAACUAUUACUACGGUACGUUUCAAGGAGUGGCCAAUCAUCCGCCUCCUCCUCCUCCACAGUCUCAGCCGGUGUUUGGUUUUCCUCAGCCCAUUCCUCCGCCUGGUGCCUCCGGCGCUCCUCCUCAUUACUAUCCUCAUGGUUAUCAAACUGUUCACGGUUAUGCUGUUGCCGAAGGUAGACCUGUAAGGGAGUACCGGCUUCCUUGCUGUGGCAUGGGGAUUGGCUGGUUCUUGUUCAUCUCUGGUUUCUUUCUUGGUACUGUUCCUUGGUAUAUUGGAGCUUUUCUUCUUCUGUGUGUGCGGAUUGAUUACAGAGAAAAGCCUGGACUUAUAGCAUGCACAUUGGGGGCCAUGCUUGCUUUAAUUGCUGUGACUUUUGGUGUGACAAAGGCAACUCAUUCCUGGUGAGGCUAUCCAGGCUG